GAGUGGAUUACUAACUAGUACGAAGUGAACGAGUGUGCGGAGUUUCAAGUGAUUUUGAAUAUGAAAAAUAUUAGUAGCAUCCACACGCGAUAUCUCUGCACAAAAUAAAUAUUGAAAUUAUAAGUGAAUACAUACAUACAUAUUUAACAAAGGACCUUCCUCUUAAGGAUAUAUAUAUAAUAUUAACAUUCGCAACAUUCGCACAUACACAUUCACAUUUGCCGUUUCAACGUGUAAUGCAUAAAAUGCAAUUUCACUUCUGUGAAUUUGCCUAUAUUUGUUUGUUGUUGUGCGCUGUGGCACUUUGGCCGUAUUAUAUCCCUGGCGUAUAUGGCUUAUCCACGGUUGAUUCGGUUCGUCGCAAUAGCGGAUUUAGCUCAGUUAAUGGCGGCAGUAACAGCGGUGCUGAUGGUACUAAUGCUGCUCCUUCAGCCGCAACAGUUUUAACGCGCCAACUGAUAGUCGGAACGGCACCAGCUUUCACUCUUUCGCCCAUUACAUCAUCCUAUUGCAUUUGCGUACCGCCUGGUUCAUGCCUCAAUCCAAUACCUACAGCGCCAACGGAUGGCAGCGGACAAAUCGACAUCCGUAUCGUGAAUACCAAUCCGACUGUUACGCCCACCGUCUCACCGAUCACCUGUAAUUACGGUCUCACACUAUGCUGUGAAGCUGGUUCGUACCAAUGCGGACGUCGCUAUUCGCCACCGCCCGGCAGUUCAGCAGCUGGCGCAGGUCAAGCGCAAUUCGGUGAAUAUCCUUGGGUGGCAGCCUUGCUCACCACAGCCGAAGUAUAUUUGGGUGCAGGGGCGCUGAUUACAGCACAACAUGUGCUCACUGCCGCUCAUAAAGUCUAUAAUAUAGCCACCUCAUCUUUCAAGGUGCGCGUCGGCGAAUGGGAUGCUGCCAGUACCUCGGAACCGAUACCCGCACAAGAUGUUGCCAUUGCUGCUGUUUUCAUACAUCCAAAUUUCAAUGCCGCCAAUUUACAAAAUGAUGUCGCUAUAAUACGACUCGCUUCUGCCGUCUCGCUCACGUCCAAGUCCACCGUGGGUACCGUUUGCUUGCCCCUAACCACAUUUGUUGGUCAAACUUGCUUUGUUGCCGGUUGGGGUAAGAAUGAUUUUGGGCCGACUGGCGCUUAUCAAGCGAUACAACGUGAAGUCGAUGUGCCGCUCAUUACAAACUCAGUUUGUCAAACGUUGUUGCAGUCUACACGUCUGGGACAAACUUUUCAACUGAAUAAUAGCAGCUUCAUUUGUGCUGGUGGUCAAGCGGGCAAGGAUGCGUGUACGGGGGACGGCGGCGCACCACUCGUUUGUCAGAAUAACAAUAUUUGGUAUGUAGUCGGCUUGGUGGCUUGGGGUAUUGGCUGUGGCCAAGGUGGCGUGCCUGGUGUUUACGUGAACGUGGCUACAUAUCUGGCGUGGAUUCAGACGGUCUUGGCCUCGUCGUAAACUGUGACAUAAUCUCAUUCACUUUGGUAUUAUUAAGAUAUGUAUUGUACGAAUAUAAUUACUUUUAUGAUCUUUGAGCUAUAAUUA